AUGGCAGCAAAUCCAGUCAGCAAAAACGGCCUUUUCGUCCACAACAAUACAAAUGCUCCAGAGCAUCCCAGCUUGAUGAGCAUGUUCUCACUCAAGGGGAAGACUGCUAUCGUGACGGGUGCUGGUGCUGGCAUUGGGCUUGCUGUUGCACAAGGCCUUGCAGAGGCCGGUGCCAACGUGGCUAUGUGGUAUAGGAGCAACACAAAGUGCUCCGAACAAGCUGCAGAUAUAGCCACAAAAUAUGGUGUUCAGACCAAGGCUUAUCGCGUCGAAGUCACCGACGCACAGGCUGUUGAGGAAGCAGUGAAUGAAGUUGUCAAAGACUUCAAUGGCCGACUCGACGUCUUCAUUGCUAACGCUGGCGUGCCUUGGACCCAGGGCUCCAUGGUCGAUGGCCCGCUCGAACACUACCGUGACGUCGUCGGCAUCGACUUGGACGGCACAUUCUACUGCGCUAAAGCUGCUGCUCAUCACUGGCGCCGUCAAAAGGAAGAAGGCACUGAUGCCAAUGGUAACAGGCUCACUAACUUUACAUACGGUAGCUUUGUUGCCACUGCUUCUAUGAGUGGUCACAUUGUCAACUUUCCCCAGAUGCAAGCGGGUUAUAAUGCCGCUAAGUCUGCUGUGAUUCAUCUUUGCAAGUCUCUUUCUGUCGAGUGGGUUCGCUUCGCCCGUGCCAACACCGUAUCUCCAGGAUACAUUGCCACUGAGAUCUCAAGCUUCGUUCCCGAAGAAACCAAAAACAUCUGGCGCGACAAGAUUCCCAUGGGCCGUGAAGGUCAGGCCCAUGAGUUGAAGGGCGCCUACCUCUACUUGGCCUCUGAUGCCUCGACUUACACAACUGGCGCUGAUUUGAUUGUUGAUGGUGGCUACUGUGCGCCCUAG